ACUGAGAAAAAGAGAGAGAUUUUUGGGGUCCUCUAAUCCAAAGUAAAAAGAAAAAAAGACAUCUCUUAGUCUUGGUGGUGGUGGCCAGCUAGUGGUAGUGGGUGGUGGUGGUGGUGGUGGAAGAAAACUCAGCUCAUGGUGCCGUAGCGAUCGAGGGCUUCGCACUACCGGAGCCCCGAUUUUUUAUCUCUCUAUCUCUGUGUGUGGAUCCGGAUAUUCUACGGGUUUUCUCGGUGACCCGUGUAAAUGAUAUUCGCGAAAGGCAUGUUCUGGAUUUUGAGCUGAUUCGGUCCGAUCUGUUUUGUUUGUUCUCUUUUUUGUAUCUGGACAGCUGAAUGUGAUACCUAGUAAGAUUAGAAUGUCGCUUAAAAGCAUUGUUCGCGAGAUUAAGGAUGGCAUGGGUGGGAGCAUGUCAAGACGAGGAGGAAGUGGAGAAGGGAAACAUUGGCAUAGAAGGACUAGGUCGCAAAUUGUUGUUGCGCCUGCGGAUCAAAAAGAACCCAUAGUACAUUCCUUGUCCGAAUCGAUCAGGCAAGGUCGGUGGGCGAAUUUGCCUCCUGAAUUGCUCUUGGACAUAAUCAGGAGGGUGGAAGAGAGCGAGACCUCGUGGCCCGGUCGCGCCGUGGUUGUGUCUUGUGGCUCUGUUUGCAGGUCGUGGAGAGCAAUUACUAGCGAGAUUGUCAGAACUCCCGAGCAAUGUGGAAGGAUCACAUUUCCUAUCUCGUUAAAGCAGCCUGGGCCUCGCGAGUCUCCGAUACAGUGUUUUAUCAAGAGGGACAGAGCCACUUCUACGUAUUUUCUGUACGUCGGUCUGGUGCCAUCUGAAGUUGGGGGUGAUAAAUUGCUAUUAGCAGCCAAAAAGAUCAGAAGGGCAAUAGGCACAGACUUUGUUAUAUCAUUGGUUGCUGAUGAUUUUUCUCGGGCCAGCAAUAAAUAUGUUGGUAAAUUGAGGUCUAAUUUUUUGGGUACAAAGUUCACCAUAUAUGACAGCCAACCUCCUAGUGAAGCUGCAGUUCAACUAAAUAGUCGGUCCAGUAGAAGAUUUCAUUCUAAGCAGGUGUCUCCAAGAGUACCAGCGUGUAACUACAGUGUAGGGACCAUCUCCUACGAGCUCAAUGUCCUUCGCACCAGAGGGCCAAGGAGAAUGAAUUGCAUCAUGCACUCCAUACCUCUCUCAUCUAUUCAGGAGGACGGAAAGGCUCCAACACCAGCAUCAUUCAUACACUCCUUUGAUGAGCAAUUUUCUCCCUUACCAGGUCCGAAAGGAAAGGAUAUAAUCACAGAUUUCAGCACCAUAAGCCUCUCAGAGCCACGAGUUUCAGCCCAGGGCUCUGAAGAGCCACUGGUUCUUAAAAACAAGGCUCCUAGAUGGCAUGAGCAGCUGCAGUGCUGGUGCUUAAAUUUCAGAGGGCGUGUUACAGUGGCUUCUGUUAAGAAUUUCCAGCUUGUGGCAGCUGUUGAUCCAUCGCACAAUAUUUCAGCUGCAGAGCAAGAAAGGGUAAUUUUACAGUUUGGAAAGAUUGGAAAAGACAUUUUCACUAUGGAUUAUCGCUACCCACUCUCUGCCUUCCAAGCCUUUGCUGUCUGCUUGAGCAGCUUUGACACUAAACCUGCCUGUGAAUGAAACUCAUGUUGGUUGGAGAUCAUGAUCUACAUUUGCUAAAUUUCUUCUCAAAUUUUGGGAAUAUAUAUCUUUGCUCUUCCCUGAAGUUAAUCGUGCAUGGCCAUUUGCAGCUGAGAAUCUUGUGCAGCCAGUAGCUCUCCACCACCCCCACCCCAACCCACCCAACCAUUCUCUUUCCCCCUCCCCUCUAAUUUCCGUUUAUUCUGGAAUUUGACUUGUAUGUUGUUCCAUGCCUUGGCUCUACUGAAAUUAAGAUAAAAAUAAGUUUAGUAAAUUAUAUCCAUAUAGUUGAGAUGUGGUUUCAUGAAUUGCUUUGCUUGGCUAAAAUAUAGAUAGUAAUCUAAUCUGGUUUGUUGCUUACUUCUGGUUCUAACCUCGCUGUAUCCGUAGUUUUGAAAUCAGUUGGAAGUUAAUUCAUGGUCCUGCCUCUGGUUUCGCCUCAAGGUUAAUUACUUCUACGCAUGUAUAUCUUAUUUGUAUCGCUCUUGCCUGGACUAUUUUCAAUAUGAUAUUUUCCCGUUAAAUAUGUUUAAUUGUCAUAUUUUCCUAAA